AUGUUCAAAGUUGCCCUCUUCAGCCUUUUCACUAGCCUUGCUAUCUCCUCUGCGAACGUCGUUCACAGCCGCGAUGCCCAGGCGCUUCCCGUUCUUCACAACGGGCAGAAUAUUACCUUCAACUACAAGAAUGUUUUCUUGGACGACAGCAGUCGCUUUGGCAUGGGGCUACUUCGCAGCAAUGCGGCUUUGCCUGCCACCGUUGUUGCUGAUGGGUGGGAAGGCCCUGUCGUUCUGAACAUUCUUGACCAGGACGUUAUCCCGGCGACCUAUGUGUUGCAAUACCCCUUCUUUCAGAAUGGGUCCACCUACACUGCCCAGCUCUUCGAGUAUGAUGCCACCACUUUGGUGGUCACCGUACCCGAAGUCCGUAGCACCACGUUUGUGUGGGUUAACCAGCCCGGUCAGAAUAUUUGA